CGCCACUCAGAGCUCUUUUGACGGUCAACAGACAUCGCCACGAAAGAAGAAAACAGUUCAGCUGUAAAGAAAAGCCCAAAAGAUGUCGGAUAUUUCAGAGGAAGAGUGGAAAAAAGCUCUGACUUCCAUAGUGGAGGAACUGGAGGAUAAACAGUACACAAAGAUGCUGGAAUGUUUGGUCAUCCCCAAAGGUCAGAGGUCUAGCACGUCCAGAGAAAAGAUGCCUGGAAAAAUCAUUGAGCGCUACGGACUACUAGACUCCAUCUCCGAAAUCGAUAAAGCAAUGGAUUACAUACCGAGGAGGGACCCUACAAUCCAGGGCCUGCUGCGCCCCUUUGUGGACAAACUGAGGAUUAAACAGGAGAACAAGAACCAGGGGAAGAAAAGAAAACGUGAACAGGAUGGAGAGGAAGAAGUGUUGAGAGAUUUGACCCAAGAUCAGCUGAAAAUCCUGGCUAAACAGAAGAGCAGCCAACCUGGCAAGGAGAGAAACAUUCCUUUUAGGAAAUCCAUCUGUGAUGUGAAACGGAGUGGAAUUCUUCAGAACGACGUCAUAGUUGGGAAAGUUGUUCAGAAAUCUGAGCUACGCACAUAUAAAAACAAAGACAAAAAGAAAAAAAAAUUCUUUUAUCUAGCUGUUGCUGAUGAGACAGCCAGCAUUAAAGUGAUGGUUUAUGGAAAAAGUCACUUCCAACAAAUUAAGAAGGAGAGCUCCUACUUGUUCAGAAAGCUAAUAAUGGAUGAGUAUGUUGUUAAGGUUAUUGAGUCAAGCACAGUGGCAGAGACAAGCUCUGUUGAUGUCCCAGAGGAGCUUGAGAUGGAAGCUCGGAAGCUAAUUCAUCCAGAAAGUCCAGUUUACUCCAUUAAAGAAGCCAAAUCAUUGGCUGACAAGUCAGACGUGAGUGUUGAAGGAGAAGUUACAGAGAUUAAUCCUGUCAAAAAGACUAAGGUGCAGAACGAACGGAAGUGGACAAAGAAGCAACAUUUUCAUCUUAAAGAGGAGACUGAUUCCAUUGAGAUCGUUAUGUGGAGGGAAGCCACCGAGCAAUGCAAAGAAUUAUCAGUCGGAGAUGUCGUUAAGGUUACCAACAUGAAGACCAAUGAAUAUUUUGGAACCGUAUCGCUGAACUCAACUGGAAACACCAGAAUUGAAAUGAUUCAAAGUGUCGGCAUCCAGAAAGGGAGAAUUGAGAUUAUAGGGAUCAUAAAAGCCACUCAGAAGGAAACUCGACUGGAGGCAAACUUCAACGACAAGCUGCAAACAUUUGUUGUGGCUUCUCAACGUUUGGCAAAUACGUUUAACAUUAAAAUAAAGGGAGAUUUUAAAAAAAGUCUCCUCGAUAAAAUACCAAUCUCAGCAGAUGCCGAAAUUCAAGGAAAUAAAAUCACUAAAAUUACAGCCGCUUAGAAGAUGUGAGAAUAACUUGUUCAGAAAUGUUUAAAACAUACUGGAACAAUGUGGUAACACUCUAACACACUGGUAAACACACAAAAAAAAAAAAAAUCUGUUUUGUAUUUUUACAUUUUUUUUUUUUAUUUUUUCAAAGGACCAGUUAGUCAAAGAAUAGUGACCCAAAUGUUUGUUUGGGACAUUUCAAUGAAUUUCCUAUGUAUGUCUAUGCAUUAAGAAAAAAACAGUAAUUUUUAAUAAGACCCAAUGAUGUAUUUCUCCUUCAUGUGUUCCUGGGUAAAUUUGACCGUUUUUAUAUCAGAAAUACGGGAGGUCGAAAAAUAAGAAUUGAAAAUGUCGAACUACAAAGGACUACAGUUGAAAAGUACUCUGGCACAUUAACAGAAAUGUUGAUUGAUGUGUGUUGUCUUUUUAAAUAAGUAAGACAGUGUUUGGGAGUUUCUUUGCAAAAAUCAGAUCACAUACUGUACAUUACCUUGUUACCUACAUGUUCAGACAGGCUGACCUGUCUGAACUUUGUUUUAUUACUUAAUUUUAAUUGUGUAUUAUGUUUUCUUGUAUGUCUUUUUUAUAGCAUUAUAAAGCACUUUGAGAUUUUAAUCUGUGAAAAGUGCGUCAUAAAUUUGCUUACUUAUUUUUGUUGUGGUGUGUGAAGUACGGGUGCAAAAUUCCAACAUGUUCUCAGUCCCAUCGCGUAAAAUACAGACAUUUGGUCAGGUGCCUUUGGCAUUAUUAUUGACACUAAAAGACUCCUUUAGCGUCAUAUCUAAACGCACUUGGUCAGGACAAUUGGUGUCACUUUUGACACAGGUUAAGGAAAAGGUCGCGGGGGAGGGGGGGCUUACGUUUCCAUGA